AUGCCUAAGCAAAGAGGAAGAAGAGAAAAGAAGACCGCUGCUAAGGAGCGUGAAGCCGCUCCAGACGGCAUUGAAAACGAUACAAAAAUCCAUUUCGAAGAUGGUGAUGAGGAGCUCCCGUCUUCUGAAACCAAACAGCCAUCUGAGUUCUCUACAGUGUUCUUCGGUUUGGUGGAUUCCAGUGAAGUAGACUACUUCAAACAAGCAGAGUCUACUCUCAAUGUGAAUGCUUUUGAGCACGACGAAGAGCGUGCUGGUUUCAUCAGAUCCGUUCUUGAGGAAUCUAGAGGAAAGGAAUUAAAGCUCGUUACCAACCAGAUCUGCUCCAAGUUGAUGGAGAGACUUGUUCUUUUCGCCACUGACCGUCAACUUAAACAUAUUUUCCACCAGUUCAUCACUCACUUCCCUGCUUUGGCUCACCAUAAGUACUCAUCGCAUGUCUUGGAGACUCUCUUGGUGAGAAGUGCUGCCUUGAUUGAAAAAGAACUCGCUCAUAAUUAUGAAGAAGAGGAGCUCGAGGCUGAACUUGACACUGAUAACGAACAAGAUAAGUUCAUUGCAUCUACCACCAUGGAAUCCAUGUUCCUCAAAAUGCUUCAGCAGCUCGAGCAGUACUGGCCAUCCAUGAUUGAGCACCAGUAUGCGUCCCAUGUGAUGAGAAUCAUCGUGCUUAUACUCUCAGGAAAGGAGUUGCCUUCUACGACCAUGGCUAACUCUGCCUUGAGAUCUAAGAAAUCUAAAAUCGCCAGAAAAAUGAUUGAAAUCAAGGAUAACAGCGACUUUAACCGUGCAUUUGAGGUGCCUCCAUCGUUCAAGGAUGAGCUUAGAAAGGUCGUCAAAGGCGCUACUGCUGGAUGGGAUACCAAGAAAGCCAGAGAGAUGUCUAUUCAUAAAAUUGCUUCUCCAGUUCUUCAGCUUAUUAUCAGAGUUGAAGGUAUCGUUGAUAGAGACCGUUCUCUUUGGCAUUUAAUCUUCCUUGGAGAAAAAGAUCCAAAGGAUUCAAAAGAGGAGGGUUUUGUCGAGUACCUUUUGUCUGAUCCCGUGGGAUCUCAUUUCCUUGAGUCGGUGAUCAAAAAUGAUGGUGCUAGAAUGAAGUACAUCGAAAGACUCUAUCGUUUGUAUAUGAAAGACAGAGUGUUGAAGUUAGCAGGAAGAGCUACUACUGGUGUCUACAUUAUUCAAGCUUUGCUUCUUAAACUUAAACCUGGUGAGGUUGAGCACAUCUUAGACUCUGUGAUCCCAGAGCUCGCCAGUCUAAUAUCCAUUUCUGAAAACAAGAAUAUCGACUUGGCCAAAUCUGUUAUUGACGCAUCCAUUUCAAGAUACAAUUAUAGAAGAGACGAACUUAUCAGACAAUUCUUCCUUAAGUUCGCUCCUAACUACAAUCCCGAAGAGCCUAACGAUACGACAACAGAAUUCUUUGAGAAUACCUUGCAACUUACUGGUUCUACUUUGGGUAACACCAGAGAUGACUGGCCCACCGCCGAGGAAAGAAGAAGAUCUCUUUUCUUGGAGAAGCUCAUGGAAUAUGAUUACUCUUUCGUUGUCUGUGCCUGGUACAAUUGCAUGGCGCUUCCUACUGAUCGUUUCUUGCAAAUGUGCACCCACGGUGUCUUCUCGCAUGUUGUUGAGAACUCGUUGGUAGUCAAGCCAGCAUCUGAUCCAGAGCCUAAAGAUAUCCUCAUUUCUAGAAAGAAGUUCCUUAACAUCUUCCUGGGUAACAUCUAUACGUUGGCCUGCAACUCAUAUGGCUCUCAUAUUGUGGAUAAACUUUGGGACUUCACUAUCCUAUUACCAAUGUAUAAGGACCGUAUUGGCUCUGAGCUCAAUGCCAAGUCACACGAGGUUAAAGAGAGUUCCUAUGGUCGUCUUGUUUGGAAGAACUGGUCCAUGGAGUUGUUUACACGUAAGAAGUUUGACUGGAAGAGACUCGUCAAGGAUCAGGAAGAGGCAUAUUACGCUGAAGCAUCCGACGAGAAGAAUGGUGAAGGUGUCAAGAAGAGACCAAUCGACUUGAAGAUGGAGGAGAUCUUUAGAAAGCAGAAUCCGGUUGAGAAGAGACCAGGUGCGCCACUUUCUGGAUCAAACCUGAAAAAGCUUAAGGUUAGAGGUCGUAACCGUUAA